GUGUGGCUAUAAACCCUUCCGUUGUGAGGUUUGUAACUAUUCUACCACUACCAAAGGCAACCUCAGUAUUCAUAUGCAGUCAGACAAGCACCUGAACAAUGUUCAGAAUCUCCAAAAUGGCAAUGGAGAGCAAGUGUUUGGCCACUCUGCCCCAGCCCCCAACACGAGCCUCAGUGGCUGCGGAACACCCUCUCCAUCCAAACCCAAACAGAAACCCACCUGGCGGUGUGAGGUUUGUGAUUAUGAAACCAAUGUGGCAAGGAACCUCCGGAUUCACAUGACCAGCGAAAAGCACAUGCAUAAUAUGAUGCUUUUGCAGCAGAACAUGAAGCAGAUCCAGCAUAACCUGCAUUUGGGUCUUGCACCAGCGGAGGCAGAGCUUUAUCAGUAUUACCUGGCCCAGAACAUAGGCCUGACUGGAAUGAAGCUGGAAAACCCUGCCGACCCCCAGCUCAUGAUCAGUCCAUUCCAACUGGAUCCGGCGACGGCUGCGGCUCUGGCACCUGGACUUGUAAAUAAUGAGCUGCCGCCUGAAAUCCGGCUUGCCAGUGGUCAGCUAAUGGGUGAUGACCUGUCCCUCCUUACUGCAGGAGAGCUGUCACCUUAUAUCAGUGACCCAGCACUGAAGCUAUUCCAGUGUGCUGUUUGCAACAAAUUCACCUCUGACAGCCUGGAGGCCCUAAGUGUGCAUGUGAGCAGCGAGCGCUCUCUCCCUGAAGAGGAAUGGAGGGCUGUAAUUGGAGAUAUCUACCAGUGCAAGCUCUGUAACUACAACACUCAGCUCAAAGCCAACUUCCAGCUCCACUGCAAGACUGAUAAACAUAUGCAGAAAUAUCAACUGGUGGCCCACAUUAAAGAAGGGGGGAAAAGCAAUGAGUGGAGGUUGAAGUGCAUUGCCAUUGGCAACCCUGUUCACCUAAAAUGUAACGCUUGUGACUACUAUACCAACAGUGUGGAUAAAUUACGCUUACAUACUACCAAUCACAGGCACGAGGCAGCCCUGAAACUCUACAAGCACUUGCAGAAACAAGAAGGUGCUGUGAAUCCGGAAUCCUGCUAUUACUACUGUGCCGUGUGCGAUUACUCCACCAAGGUCAAGUUGAACCUGGUACAACAUGUUCGUUCAGUGAAGCAUCAGCAGACAGAGGGCCUACGUAAGCUCCAGCUCCACCAGCAAGGCCUACCCCCAGAGGAAGACAACCUCAGUGAGAUCUUUUUUGUUAAAGAUUGCCCACCAAAUGAGCUUGAAACUUCCACUUUGGGAGCCAGGAUCUGUGAGGAUGAUCUUACAGAGCAGCAAUUGAGAGCAAGCUCAGAAGAACAAAGUGAGGAGGCAGAAGGAGCUAUUAAGCCUACAGCAGUGGCUGAGGAUGAUGAGAAAGACCCAAGUGAGAGAGACAAUAGUGAAGGCAAAAACUCCACUAAAGACUCUGGUGUAAUCACACCAGAGAAGGAGCUAAAAGUCAGUGUGGCAGGGUGCACCCAGCCACUCUUGCUGGCAAAAGAAGAGGAUGCUGCAACAAAAAAGGCAAAACCUACAGAGGAUAAUAAAUUCUGUCAUGAACAGGUGCCUGUCCCUGAUGUGAUGAUGCCAAACAGCAUGCUACUCCCAACAGCCACCCCUGAGAAAUCAGAGCGGGACACACCUGCAGCCAUGACAGCUGAGGUGUCUGGGAAAUAUUCAGGUGAAAGCCCAAUGGAUGACAAAAGUAUAGCAGGUCAUGAAGAUUCAAAGGCUAGUGUGGAAAUAAAGAGUGAGGAGCAGAAACCAACUAAGGAACCUUCAGAAGUAUCAGAAUGGAAUAAAAAUAGCAGUAAAGACAUGAAAAUCUCUGAUACACUACAAGAUCAACUGAGUGAGCAACAAAAAAGACAACCACUCUCAGUUUCUGACCGCCAUGUUUAUAAGUAUCGUUGUAACCAUUGUAGCUUGGCUUUUAAAACUAUGCAGAAGCUUCAGAUACAUUCCCAGUACCAUGCAAUUCGGGCUGCAACGAUGUGUAACCUCUGCCAGCGUAGCUUCCGUACAUUCCAAGCUUUAAAAAAACACUUGGAAGCAGGCCAUCCUGAACUGAGUGAAGUUGAACUUCAGCAGCUAUAUGCCUCCUUGCCCAUGAAUGGUGAACUUUGGGCAGAGAGUGAAACUAUGGCCCAGGAUGACCAUGGGUUAGAGCAGGAAAUGGACAGAGAGUAUGAGGUGGACCAUGAAGGGAAGGCAAGUCCUGUAGGAAGUGACAGUAGCUCUAUUCCUGAUGACUUGGGCUCUGAACCAAAGCGGACCUUACCUUUUAGAAAAGGGCCCAAUUUUACAAUGGAAAAAUUCCUUGAUCCAUCUCGUCCCUAUAAAUGUACAGUGUGUAAAGAAUCAUUCACCCAAAAGAACAUUCUCUUGGUCCAUUAUAAUUCAGUGUCUCACCUGCAUAAGUUGAAAAAGGUUUUGCAGGAAGCCUCGAGUCCUGUUCCACAAGAAACCAACAGCAGCACAGAUAACAAACCCUACAAGUGCAGCAUCUGCAAUGUUGCAUACAGCCAAAGCUCAACACUGGAAAUCCACAUGAGGUCUGUGCUCCACCAAACAAAGGCCAGGGCUGCAAAGCUAGAGCCAAGUGGGCAUGUGCCCAGUGGGCACAGCAUUGCAACAAAUGUGAAUAGUUCUGGCCAAGGGAUGUUAGAUUCUAUGAGUUUAGCAGCAGCCAACAGCAAAGAUACCCACUUAGAUGCCAAAGAAUUAAAUAAAAAGCCGACUCCUGAAUUAAUCUCUGCUCAGCCUACACAUCACCCACCACAGUCACCAGCACAGAUUCAGAUGCAACUACAGCAUGAGUUACAACAGCAAGCUGCAUUCUUUCAGCCGCAGUUUCUCAACCCAGCCUUUUUGCCUCAUUUUCCCAUGACCCCUGAAGCACUACUGCAGUUUCAGCAGCCUCAGUUUCUCUUUCCUUUCUAUAUACCUGGGACAGAAUUUAGCUUGGGGCCAGAUUUGGGCUUGCCAGGCUCUGCCACAUUUGGUAUGCCAGGCAUGACAGGAAUGGCUGGCUCCUUACUGGAAGAUCUGAAGCAGCAGAUUCAAACCCAACACCACAUUGGCCAAACUCAACUACAAAUUUUACAGCAACAAGCACAAUACCAAGCCACACAGCCUCAGCUGCAGCCUCAAAAACAGCAGCAGCAGCAGCAGCCACAACAGCAACAGCAGCAACAGCAGCAGCAAGCAAGCAAAUUAUUGAAACAAGAGCAAAAUAACCUUGUAAGUACAGACUGCCAGAUUAUGAAGGACAUGCCAUCUUAUAAGGAGGCAGAAGAGAUUCCUGAAAAGCAAGAAAAGCCAAAGCAAGAAUUUGCAAGUGAAAGUGAAGGACUCAAAGAAGGCAAAGACAUAAAGAAGCAAAAGUCCUUGGAACCAUCGAUCCCUCCACCCCGAAUAGCCUCUGGGGCCAGAGGGAAUGCAGCCAAAGCUUUAUUGGAAAAUUUUGGUUUUGAACUGGUCAUUCAGUAUAAUGAAAAUAGGCAAAAGGUACAGAAGAAGGGCAAAAAUGGUGAAGGUGAAAACACUGACAAACUGGAAUGUGGCACGUGUGGCAAAUUGUUCUCCAAUGUUCUUAUUUUAAAGAGUCACCAAGAACAUGUACAUGGACAAUUUUUUCCAUAUGGAGCACUAGAAAAGUUUGCUCGUCAAUACAGGGAGGCUUAUGACAAGCUUUAUCCCAUUUCUCCAUCUUCCCCUGAAACACCUCCUCCACCACCACCGCCUCCUCCCCUGCCACCAGCUCCCCCCCAGCCUUCCUCUGUGGGCCCUGUGAAAAUGCCGAACACUGUUUCUACUCCUCUACAAGCACCACCACCCACGCCUCCACCCCCUCCUCCACCCCCUCCUCCUCCCCCGCCACCUCCACCCUCUGCACCACCACAGGUGCAGCUGCCAGUCUCGCUGGACCUUCCACUCUUCCCUUCCAUCAUGAUGCAGCCUGUGCAGCACCCUGCGCUGCCCCCCCAGCUCGCCCUGCAGCUCCCCCAAAUGGAUGCUCUCUCUGCAGACCUCACCCAGCUUUGCCAGCAACAGCUUGGGUUAGAUCCCAACUUCUUAAGGCAUUCUCAGUUUAAACGCCCAAGGACAAGAAUUACAGACGAUCAACUAAAAAUUCUGAGAGCUUAUUUUGAUAUCAAUAAUUCUCCAAGUGAAGAACAGAUCCAAGAAAUGGCAGAGAAAUCUGGCCUCUCUCAAAAAGUUAUCAAGCACUGGUUUCGAAAUACACUUUUUAAGGAAAGACAGAGAAAUAAGGACUCACCAUACAACUUCAGUAACCCUCCUAUAACUGUUUUGGAAGAUAUCCGAAUCGACCCACAGCCUGCCUCCUUAGAACAUUACAAAUCAGAUGCAUCAUUCAGUAAAAGGUCUUCUAGAACGAGGUUUACAGACUACCAACUUAGGGUUCUGCAGGACUUUUUUGACACAAAUGCUUACCCAAAAGAUGAUGAAAUAGAACAACUCUCUACUGUUCUCAAUCUACCUACUCGGGUUAUUGUUGUAUGGUUCCAGAAUGCUCGUCAGAAAGCACGAAAGAGUUAUGAGAAUCAAGCAGAAACUAAAGAUAAUGAGAAAAGAGAACUCACAAAUGAACGGUAUAUUCGAACAAGUAACAUGCAGUACCAAUGUAAAAAGUGCAAUGUGGUUUUCCCCAGGAUUUUUGACUUGAUUACACACCAGAAAAAGCAGUGUUACAAGGAUGAGGAUGAUGAUGCACAAGAUGAAAGCCAAACGGAAGACUCCAUGGAUGCCACUGAUCAAGUAGUAUACAAGCACUGCACAGUGUCUGGACAAACAGAUGUUUCCAAAACCACUGCUGCCCCUGCAGCAAGUUCUGGCUCUGGGACUAGCACACCCCUGAUUCCAUCACCCAAACCAGAGCCUGAGAAAACUUCUCCAAAACCUGACUAUCCCAUAGAAAAGCCAAAGCAGAGUGAACCUUCUCCCCCUUCUCAAGGCGUCAAACCAGUGCCAACAGUAGCUUCGACUUCCUCAGAUGCACCACAGGUAUCCACAGCCCAGCCACAGCCACUGCUACCAAAACAAGCCCAACUUAUUGGAAGACCUCCCUCAGCCUCUCAAACCCCAGUUCCUUCCAGUCCACUGCAAAUUUCCAUGACUUCUCUCCAGAACAGUCUACCUCCACAGUUACUCCAAUACCAAUGUGAUCAGUGUACAGUUGCCUUCCCAACUCUGGAACUUUGGCAAGAGCACCAGCACAUGCACUUCCUUGCUGCUCAAAAUCAGUUCCUUCAUUCUCCAUUCUUGGAAAGGCCCAUGGACAUGCCAUACAUGAUAUUUGACCCCAACAAUCCUCUGAUGACUGGACAGCUGCUGGGUAGCUCUCUCACACAAAUGCCACCUCAAACCAGUUCCUCCCACACCUCAGCCCCUCCAACCAUUACUGCUUCCCUUAAAAGGAAACUGGAUGAUAAAGAAGAUAAUAAUUGCAGUGAAAAGGAGGGAGGAAAUAGUGGUGAAGACCAACACCGUGAUAAACGCCUGAGAACCACAAUCACUCCAGAACAACUGGAAAUACUCUAUGAAAAAUACCUGCUGGAUUCCAAUCCUACCAGAAAAAUGCUUGAUCAUAUUGCACGUGAAGUAGGACUGAAGAAAAGGGUGGUACAGGUCUGGUUCCAGAACACACGAGCAAGAGAAAGGAAAGGUCAGUUUCGGGCAGUGGGACCAGCCCAGUCUCAUAAACGGUGUCCAUUCUGCAGAGCCCUGUUUAAAGCAAAGUCUGCCUUAGAAAGCCACAUUCGCUCUCGACACUGGAAUGAAGGAAAGCAGGCAGGUUACAGCUUGCCACCAAGUCCUUUAAUAUCCACAGAGGAUGGGGGAGAAAGCCCACAGAAAUACAUUUAUUUUGACUAUCCAUCUUUGCCAUUAAAUAAAAUUGAUCUAUCAAGUGAGAAUGAACUGGCUUCUACAGUGUCAACACCUGUUAGUAAAACAGCAGAACUGUCACCAAAAAAUCUUUUAAGCCCUUCUUCUUUUAAAGCAGAAUGUCCUGAGGAUGUAGAGAAUUUAAAUGCUCCUCCUGCUGAGGCUGGGUAUGAUCAAAAUAAAACUGACUUUGAUGAGACUUCGUCUAUUAAUACUGCAAUCAGCGAUGCCACCACAGGUGAUGAGGGAAACACAGAGAUGGAAAGUACCACAGGAAGUUCUGGAGAUGUGAAACCAGCACUGUCUCCUAAAGAGCCAAAGACACUCGACUCUCUGCCAAAACCAGCAACCACACCUACUACGGAAGUCUGUGAUGACAAAUUUCUCUUUUCUCUCACCAGUCCAUCAAUCCAUUUCAAUGAUAAAGAUGGUGACCAUGACCAAAGCUUUUAUAUCACAGAUGACCCUGAUGACAACGCUGACCGCAGCGAAACCUCCAGCAUAGCUGACCCAAGCUCACCAAAUCCAUUUGGGUCUGGCAACCCUUUUAAAUCCAAAAGUAAUGAUCGGCCAGGUCACAAGCGCUUCAGAACCCAGAUGAGCAAUCUCCAACUCAAGGUUCUCAAGGCUUGCUUUAGUGACUACAGAACUCCAACCAUGCAAGAAUGUGAAAUGCUGGGGAACGAGAUUGGUCUGCCUAAACGUGUGGUGCAAGUGUGGUUUCAGAAUGCAAGAGCAAAGGAAAAGAAAUUUAAAAUUAACAUAGGGAAGCCUUUCAUGAUCAAUCAGGGUGGAACGGAAGGCACUAAACCAGAGUGUACCCUCUGUGGGGUGAAGUAUUCUGCCCGCUUGUCCAUCAGAGAUCAUAUUUUCUCCAAACAGCACAUUUCAAAAGUGAGGGAGACUGUGGGCAGUCAGCUUGAUCGGGAGAAAGAUUAUUUGGCUCCAACCACGGUUCGGCAGCUGAUGGCACAGCAAGAACUUGAUCGUAUAAAGAAAGCUUCAGAUGUACUGGGCUUAACAGUACAGCAGCCAGGAAUGAUGGACAGCAGCUCCCUCCAUGGCAUCAGCCUGCCAGCAGCCUACCCAGGACUCCCUGGCCUUCCUCCCGUUCUUCUCCCUGGGAUGAACGGGCCAUCCUCUUUGCCUGGAUUUCCACAAAAUUCAAACACUUUAACACCUCCCGGUGCAGGCAUGCUUGGGUUCCCUACUUCAGCUACUUCGUCUCCUGCCCUGUCUCUCAGCAGUGCCCCCACCAAACCUUUGCUGCAGACUCCACCACCUCCACCACCUCCUCCUCCUCCUCCUUCAUCCUCUCUGUCAGGACAGCAGACCGAGCAACAGAACAAAGAAUCUGAGAAAAAGCAAACUAAGCCAAACAAGAUAAAAAAAAUCAAAGAGGAGGAAUUAGAGGCCGCCAAACUCGAAAAACACCCCAAAAAAGAGGAAAAAAUCUCAUCUGCUCUUUCCGUGUUGGGCAAAGUCGUAGGUGAAACACAUGUUGAUCCUACUCAGUUGCAGGCAUUACAGAAUGCAAUUGCUGGUGACCCAGCUUCUUUUAUAGGCGGACAGUUCUUGCCAUACUU